AUGGCGCGCCUUCAGAGGCUGGAGAGGACACUGGCGACCUGGAACUGGAGCUGCAGACGGCUCCCACCACCCCCCAACAACAGCCCACCACCCUACAACAACAGCCCACUACCCCCCAACAACAGCCCACCACCCCCCAACAACAGCCCACCACCCCCCAACAAUAGCCCACCACCCUCCUACAACAGCCCACCACCCUCCAACAACAGCCCACCAUCCCCCAACAAUAGCCCACCACCCUCCUACAACAGCCCACUACCCUCCAACAACAGCCCACUACCCUCCAACAGCCCACUACCCUACAACAACAGCCCACUACCCUCCAACAACAGCCCACUACCCUACAACAACAGCCCACUACCCUCCAACAGCCCACUACCCUACAACAACAGCCCACUACCCUACAACAACAGCCCACUACCCUACAACAACAGCCCACUACCCUCCAACAACCCACUACCCUACAACAACAGCCCACUACCCUACAACAGCCCACUACCCUCCAACAACAGCCCACUACCCUCCAACAACACCCCACCACCCUCCAACAACAGCCCACCACCCUCCAACAACAGCCCACUACCCUCCAACAACAGCCCACUACCCUACAACAACAUCCCACUACCCUACAACAACAGCCCACUCCCCUCCAACAGCCCACUACCCUCCAACAACAGCCCACCACCCUCCAACAACAGCCCACCACCCUACAACAACAGCCCACUACCCUACAACAACAGCCCACUACCCUACAACAGCCCACUACCCUCCAACAACAACCCACUACCCUCCAACAACAGCCCACUACCCUCCAACAACAGCCCACUACCCUCCAACAACAGCCCACUACCCUACAACAGCCCACUCCCCUACAACAGCAGCCCACCACCCUCCAACAACAGCCCACCACCCUCCAACAACAGCCCACUUACCCUCCAACAACAGCCCACCACCCUCCAACAACAGCCCACUACCCUCCAACAACAGCCCACCACCCUCCAACAACAGCCCACUACCCUACAACAGCCCACUACCCUCCUACAACAACAGCCCACUACGCUCCAACAACAGCCCACUACCCUCCUACAACAGCCCACUACCCUAUAA